CACUUCUGACAAGACAAUCAUAUUGAAUUUGAAAUACUCCAUAUAAGUAGCUAGUUAAAUGAUACUAACAUUAAGUAAAUUAUGAUUAAAUAUAGGCUACUGUCAAAAUUAAUUCUGUACGAUAUGUCACUGAAUAUGGAACCUUUUUGAACGUUCUUGUUUCAGGGGGACAUAAAUUACCCACAACAACUGUGUUUUUCUCGGAAGAAUAUCGCAAGCCAUUCGUUAGUCAACGUUUCUGAACUUCACUGCAAAUUUAAAAAAAAAAUGAUUUUAGACACGAAUCAAGAAACUUGAUAUAAGGAUUGAUGUAUGAGCUUUACUUAGAAGAAUGUUAGUCAGUUAUAGUAGCAGCUCUGAAGAGGAGACAGAACAUUUACGAUUAGGAGGGAAUGUAACAAAAAGGAAGCAAAGUUGGCACAAAGAUGACAACUCAUUGAGGAAGAAGCACAAAUCAGAAGAGCACACCCUCAAUACAAGUGUAUCUGUGAAUAGGGAGGAAGAUGACUCCAAGUCGAGACUGCCUGUUCCUGGCAGUGUGCUGGACAUGUUCACGGAGGAAGAUGAGGACCCACUGACUGACGACAGCAUGCAACAUGGUGGACGGAUUCGCUCCUUCAAACACGAGAGGGGAAACUGGGCCACUUACGUGUACUUUCCAUACAUCCCAGAGGAAGGGUUCUUGGAGCUGCUUGAUGAGAUGACUGAAGUAGCAGCAUCCCACAGCUUCUCCCUCACUCAUACAGAUGAGUUUCACCUCAGUUUAUCUAAGACAGUGGUUCUGAGGCAUCACUGGAUCCAGCCUUUCAUACAGUCCCUCAGAACAGGCUUGACACACAGCAGGAGGUUCAUUUGUUUGGCUGAGAAGCUGAAGGUCUACUCUAAUGAUGAGAGAACCAGGAUGUUCCUGGCUAUGGAAGUCUCCACAGGACAGGCUCAGCUACGAGAGCUUGUGAAAGCAGUGGACAGCACUAUGGAGGAGUUCAACCUUGACACUUUUUACAAGAAUCCUUCCUUCCAUAUAAGUCUGGCCUGGUGUGUUGGUGACUGCACUGAACACAUUCGCAAAAAGUGUCUGCAGGAGUUGCAGGGUCUGGUCGACUCCCAUGAGGAUGGACCCUUUCUCUUGAGGCUGGAUUGUCAAGAGCUGCGUUGUAAGGCUGGGAACAAGACCUUUUCCAUUCCACUACACUGACAAAACCAGUUGUCAUUGUCUGUAAUGUUGGAUACCUCAACAGUAAAAUGUGAAAAAAGUAUAUAUUUUUAAAUGAGGUUAUUUGAUUAAAUCUAGAAAACGGCAGUGAUGCGAUAUUGAUCAAGCAACUUCCUUUGAAGGUUGCGCACAUCUUUGUACGUGAGGCUUGUUUUGCUAAAACAUGUGUUCAAGCAUUUCUGCUACAGUUCCUGUAUGACAAGACACUGACCAUAGACCUGAGAUUAUUUCAAAUUCUUAUUGACCUAUGACACGGUUGUCAGCGAAAGCUUUAAUCUGUUCCAUUAAUCUUCACAGCCCUUAAUCCAUUCUUUAAAAAGAGCUUGACUUGAUGUGAACUAGUAGGAUAGACCCGUUAAGCUUUUAUUUAAGAGAUGGAAUAAUCCAAAAAUUAUAAUCCAGACGAUAAAAUGCAAUGACUAGAAUUGAUGAAUACAGAAACCCUGAUUAAGUGUUGCAUGUUGAUAUGAUAGAUGUGUUAAGACCAAGGGAAAGAGGUAGUUUGUUUUUGCCAGACUCUAGGCGCUCUGCAGGCACUCUCCACAGCAGAUGUGAGAAGGGACCAGGGAAGAGGAACCUCGGAUGAGGCUAAUAUUGAGUGUCACCCCUUCUUACUUUAAUAACAAAAAGCUCACAGAAGGCUGGCUUAAUGCAAUGUUUAACAUUAUAUUUUACUUAAUCGUCACAACACAGAUCAUGAUAGUUCCAGCAAUAUAUUGUUCAAGUCCAACCAUAGCGCAAUGGCAUAGUUACAAUCCAGGUGAUCAGACCACGUCUUCCUGUCCUGUAAGCAAUCCAGCCUUCACAACAAGACCCUGAUUUUAUUAAUUCAUCACAGUUUACUGCUGCUAAUUCACCUAGUAAUCUGUUACAACCUGGUAAUCUGAGUUAAAUUGGGAAAGACCUUUACAAAUAUUAUCAAUUAACAUAGUACAAAUUUGGAAAAACAGCAAAUGUCUGCUGAGGGGAUAAUUAAAAAUAAAAUAGGAUAAAACAUUCAGUGCCGUCAUCAAUUCCUCCUCAGGCUCUGAGACCGUCAUGUGUCCAAAUGCCUAUCAGUUCUCUCUUUGUACUAUCCCCGUUCUUUAUCUUUGAAUUUGUCACUUAAGACAGCAAGACGAGGGGAAGUAGUUGGUUAAGGUUGCUCAAGGGCCAAAGAGCACAGUCUUGAUGUAGGUUACUGUGGUAAAGUUGCGCAACAUGGCCACAUGCUCAUUCCCCUCCAGUUCAAACAUAUGGACAGGCUGUGUCUGGUGGCCUAUCCAACGCUUGCACUGGGUGGCACUCAGCAGGUUGACCGUCCCAUCCCCAUCUCCGAGAGUCAGUGUGGGGUCUGUAUCAGGAAAGAUAGUGUAGAGAAAACCCUCUGCUGUAGGCACUCCGCUGCCAUAAAGACAGUGUAUGGCCACCCCAGGGGGCUCCAGUGCACUGACCAGUGGCGCAGUGUCUUGACGCAUCUCCCAGCCAUCUUCAAAGUCGAUAUCCUUGAAGAAGCGUUGGUAGUCCUUCACUGUGUAGUUGGUGGUGGGUGUUUGGAUUAGCACCUUGUCAGCAGGCCAGGAAUGUGCGUAUGGGAACAGCCAUGUGGUUGAGACCGCAGUGCGCUGCUGUGAGCGGAUCUCUAGUGAACUGAUGACUGGGAUACGGUUAUUAUCACCUGCAAGGAAAGAGACAUAAUCCAAUGCAAUAGUGUAGAUAUAAAAUACAUGGUUGCUAAACAUUAAAUAGUAUGCAGCUCACAGUAACUUUACUAUUGUGGUUCUGACACCUAUGUAAUUCAUGCAGAAAAGCAUAUGCAAACGCUUACCAGAAGCCACAACUCUCAGGGUUUUAGCCACACCAGCCCAAGGUGCACCCAGGGACACAAAGGCCUUGAUGUAGCGAUCCUUCCAGGCCUGGGGCUGAUGGUUCAGGAAAUACAGGGUGUACAUGUUCCCCAUGCUGUGGGCUAUCAGGACAACCGGACCCCUAGCCUUCACGGCCAUCUCCUCAAUCAUAUGUUGCAGUCUCAAAAAGUAGGCUUUGUUCUCAUCUGUUAAAAAUGGGGGAGAACAUGCAUGAGACUGAUCAUUCCAAACUACUGCAAUUAAAUAGUUAUUAGAACUAAAUAUAAAACGCAACGUGUAAUGUGUUGGUUCCAUGUUUCAUGAGCUGAAAUAAAAUAUCACAGAAAUGUUG